AUGGCUACCAAAUCGUACAGUAAACACAAGGAAUACAAGGAGUACUCCACCAGCGGCUCCAUCCCCCCCUACACAGAUGAACAAUUUGAUAUGAUAAAAUCCGAGUUAAUCCCGAAGGGCAGCAAACUGGACUCUCUAGGCAGAGGGUCUGGCAGUGGAACUAGGGAGUACCAUUACGAGUACAAAGAGGAGAAGCAUCCCUCUGGGAAGUACGACAGAAAAGAUCUGCAUACCGUUGAGGAGUACACGGUCCCACCAAGAUCGAUUCCUAAAUCUUCAGAAUCCAGUUCAUAUUAUUACGAGAGGGAAGCGAGAGACAUUCCGGCUAUCACGCAUACUGGAACCAGGACAUACAAUUAUGAAACCUCCAGCGCCACACCAGGGUACUCGCAGAUCAAGAGCUCCAAAGUAACAAAAGAUCUGUCUCAGAACGUUGAAGAGCUAGACUCACUCUUGGAUGACCUUCAGAAGGACCAAGAGAGGCAGUUAUAUAAAAAUGGCUACGCGUCUGACACGGCUGAGAGUACGUCAUUCGACUAUAAGAGGGGACCUGCAACAAAAGCCCCGUCCAGUGGCUACUCGACCCUCAAGCGUGAAGAACGCGUCGAGUCUUCUUCUUGGGGCUCAAGCCCUCCUCCCACCAUCACCAGGGCUCAGGAGCUGAGGCAGGAGCUGUACAGAGAAGAGAAAACUGAAUCCCGCGUGGUACCAUCCCAGAUAUCGCCAGCUGUUCCGCAGCCCGUCCCAGCGGUAGUCUCCGUCUGCAACCACUGCCAUCAAACUCCUUCCACUGGCACUUUGCCCCGAGGCACUCCCAUGAACAAGGUGACGACCACAGUGAAGACCUACACGUACGAAGUGCCGGCUGGACAGGACCCCACCACCGUACCCAUCCCUGAACACCAGCACCACCACACUACUUAUGUCACUGAGGAGGAGAAUAUGUCCACUCUGAGCAGGUCGCCGGUCCCUCCCCUGGCCCCACAGCCACAGCCAGGCGGGUGCCAGUACUGCUCCCACUGCAACUCCUCCAUCAGGGAAUACAGGACCGUUACAAGAUCUGACGAUCGUUCGAGUGAGCGCAUGGUGUACCCAGCCCCUGCCAACGAGACCAAGCUUGUACCCGCUGAACCGCAUAAUGGACACGGCCCAUAUGGUCCAUCAUCAUACAAGUACUCCGAAACCACUUACUCUGCCCAGAACACCACGCAACGCUACCCAUCGCCCCUCCCGCCACACUCGCCCCCGCAGACCCUGCACCCCCAUCCCUCGCCGUCCCCAGGCCCCUUCCCACGGCCCACGACUCCCUCACCAGGUACUCAACAACCCCCGAAGAAGCUCGACGACCUUUUAGCUGAUUUCCCUGAAGCACGCUUUCCAACUCAACCGGACGGUGUGGUCCGUCGCCGGAUUGAAGUCCACGAAUCCCAGAACAGCUCGAAUACCCAGCUCCGGGACACGAGGGACGUGAAGGAUGGCCCCACCACCCCCAAGACGCCAACGAAGCCCAUCGGCAGCAGUAGGAACGUCGCUGGACCGGCAGUCUACUAUCCGCCUGGACAUACGCCAUUUGCGAAGAAGGAUAACCUGCCCGUUGGUGGAGGAUAUCAGUCUAGCGCGGCGAUGCAGCAGGGUGGUGGUGCGUACGCGUCAGGGCGAGGCAUGUACGAGUACGAGUCCGGCUCCAGAAUGAAAGAGAAGCACUCCGAAACGAAGACAGCGGUACCCAUCUGUCUGCCGCUGUGUUGUGCCAUGCCAUGUGUCAUCAUGUAA